AGAAAAGGGUAGGUAAUUAAACAACAAGACAUGAGGACAAGAAAGACAACUAAAAAAAGUAUUAUUAGUCUAGAGUCUGAAUUUGGUGUCUCCAACUAUUCCUAUCUAGAGGUGUUCAACGGGUUGGGGCGGGUCGAGGCGGGUAGGGUAGGGGUGGGUCAUGUCAAAUCUUAAACGGGUCGAGGCAAAGCAAAGCCCGUUUGACCCACUUUGACCCGAUGUUUAAAAGUUCAUAAAAUAUUUUUUUUUAUUAUACUUUAUGGCCUUUUGGAUCGACCCACUUAUGUAAAUAUUAAUAUCAUUUAAAAAUAUAAUAAAAAAAAGGGGUAAAUUUUUUUUUGCAAUUAACGUGACCCGCUAAUGACCUAUUAAAAUGUGACCCGACCCUUAAUCCAUUGGAUCAACUCAAUUAAAGAUAGUUUAUCAAAGACACCGGUCUCUCGAAAAUUUGUGUUACUUCGAAAAAAAAAAUAAAAAUUCCGUAGCCCUUGUUUUUUCCUCACUAUAAAUACAACUUUCUCCUAGCGUAUUUCUUUUGAAACAAUUUACAGUUCUCCUUCUGAAGAACGCAAUACAAUUCUCUGUCUCUGGUUUUCUUAGUUUUCUCAAUGUUUCAUAACAAUGGCAUCGUCUUCAUCCGAGAAGAUAAUAACCCUAAUGAGUUCGGAUGGACAGACAUUCGAUGUGGAAUCCGACAUCGUCGAAUCGCAAAGUCUGAUGAUCAAGAGCCUUAUCAAGGGUCACAACUUCACCAAUGGUGUUACUCCGCUUAAAGUUCAUGCAGAUAUUCUGCCGCACAUUCUCGAUUACUGCAAAAAACACGCCAAACAGGAUCCACCUAUAAAUGAUGAAGAACUCAAGAAAUGGGAUGAAGAAUUCAUCAAAUGUAAUUGGAGUAUCUUGUUUGAUCUGACUAUGGCUGCUAAUUAUCUUCUUAUGGAUUCUUUGAUUGAUUUGACUUGCCGAACAGUGGCCGACAUGAUUAAAGGUAUGUCUGUGGAGAAAAUCAGGGAAGAUUUCCAAAUCAAGAAUGAUUUUACACCUGAAGAAGAGAAACAAGUUCGAAAUGAGAAUUCAUGGGUAUUCGAGAGAUUCUGAAGCUAAAAUUGAUUUCUUGUUUAAGAUUUUUUAUAACUUAAUUUAGAUUCUUUUCUUGUUUGGUGGUAUUUAAAUUCCAUUUGAUGAAACAAAAGUAGUUUUUCAUCAUGUUUGUUUGUUUCAACAGUCUCUGUGCUUCUUCCCUCCCCUUUUUAUAGAUUAACUCUGUUUUCUUCUAUAACAUUCAUGUUUUCUAUUCAAUACAAAUUUUGUUCUUUAUCCUACAAAAAAAUUCUUUUGUGUGAUUAUAAUUUCAGAAAUUUGUUGUUCUUGAAGUUAUUUCUCUCAGCUUCUUC